AAUCAGCAGAUACAGCGGGAGUUACAGGAAAAACUUAAAAAAUCUGGUUUAUUAGUAAUCAGUCGUCUAGUUAUUUCGGUCCAUAUUAUCAAUAGUGAUUCUGUGUUCUACGAUAUGACUCCAGAAAUGAAUCUCGACGGAGACCAUCCUGCUCAGCAUCAUUUUUCGGCGCACAAUCCAAUAGAACAAUAUGUACUGCUUUCAAAAAGUGCAAAAGGGGCUGCCUGUUUGGAACUGAUCAAGCAGGUUCUUGAGGCCUCAGGAGUGCACGUUUUUGGUGAACUUUUAGCAAUGCCCAAUAUAAUAGAGCUUCAGGGAGGGCCGAACGCUUGUUAUUAUAACACAUUAAAUUUGUUCGCGUAUGGAACCUAUCGACAGUACUUGGAUAAUCAAGCUCAGCUGAUUCAAUUGACCCCUGUCAUGCGAAAGAAACUGCAGCAUUUAACCAUCGUAUCGCUAGCCAUCAAAACAAAGUGCAUUCCUUACAAGGAACUUCUACAAGAGCUGGAUAUAAAGAAUGUAAGAGAUUUGGAAGACUUAAUAAUCGAAGCGAUCUAUGCGGAUAUAAUCCAUGGCAAGCUGGACCAGAAAAACAAACAGCUCGAGGUUGAUUAUGCUAUUGGACGAGAUAUUCGGAAAGGUGAUGUGAGCGAAAUAAUCGGCACACUGCAAGAGUGGUGCGACUCUUGCGAAACCGUAUUGGUUUGCCUCGAAAAUCAGAUCCAUCGUGCAAAUUCAGAAAAGCAAAAACGAUUGAAGCAUAAAGAUGCAAUCGAAUCAGAGAUUACAAAUUUGAAAAAGCUCAUCAAAGUACAGGCAGGGAAUGAUUCCGAUGAAGCAAUGGCAACUGAUUCCGGGCGGGAGAUGUCCGUCGGAAAUCCUGAUCUGCGUAAGAAGCCAACCAAGCCGAAAAACCUGAAAGUAGGCGAUCAGCAAUGAGAAAGAAACGGCCCUAUAUAGCUAGUAAAUUGGCACUUGUAGUAUGUAAAUGAAAUAGAAACAUAUUUUUGUAGUGAAAUAUAAUUUAUCGAUGAUUAGCAA